AUGGGGCCGGAUAACAUCCUGGCAAGCAGGGUUUGCAUUUUCAAAAGCAAGAUGUUUAGUAAACUCACUUUCGUUUUCAUCUUUACCAACAAGUCUUUCAGCAGCAUCCGCCAGGCGGCUAAUAAAAUCACUGGCCGGGAGUCGCUGUUCGAGACCUCAAGUGACGGGAAGUGGACAAUGCUCACAACGCCCUGCGGCCUUCGGAACAUCCACCCGCGCAUCGUGGGGGGUCAGGAUUCUCAGCACGGGGUGUGGCCCUGGCAAGGCAGCCUGCGCUUCCGCAGGUCACACCACUGCGGAGCCACCCUGCUCAGUCACCACUGGGUGCUCACGGCUGCCCACUGCUUCAGAAAGUCCCAGGAACCCAGGAACUGGGAUAUCCAGUUUGGGGAGCUGACAUCCCAACCCUCUCUACUGAACCUGCGGGCCCAUUACAACCGCUUCAACGUGGAGAAGAUUGUGCUGAACCCCAAUUUUAAAGGGUACUCACCCUACGACAUCGCCCUGGUGAAGCUGGCUUCCUCUGUCAAGUACAAAAAACACAUCCUGCCUGUCUGUGUCACCAACUCCUCCAUGGAAUUCCAGAACAGGGAUGACUGCUGGGUGACAGGCUGGGGGAAUGUCCAUGAAGGUAUAGCGCUGGGGUCCCCUUUCAACCUCCAGGAAACCCAGCUCUCCAUCAUAAACAGCACCUUGUGCAACGACAUGUUCUACAUGCCCCAUUUCCGUUCCUUCAUCCCGGGGGACAUGAUUUGUGCAGGUUCCGAGGACGGCAGCAAAGACACCUGCAAGGGUGACUCUGGGGGACCCUUGGUCUGUGAAGAGGACAACGUGUGGUAUCAGGUUGGAGUGGUGAGCUGGGGCGUGGGCUGCGGGCGCCCCAACCGACCCGGUGUCUACACCAACGUCAGCAAGUACUUCCGCUGGAUCCGGGAGGUAAUGAGCCGGAGCCCACCAGAGACAGACCUCUUGUUACUGCUGCUGCUGCUGCCGCCCACUCUGUUCUGGGCACCACUGUUCCUGCACCCAGCCUGAACCCAUGAAGCCCUACCCCACUCCCAUAGGUCCCACGAUGCUGGCACAGGCCUGGGAACCCCCAGGCCCAGACCCUUACUGGGCUCCGCUGGGUCCUCUCUGUCCCUCUCGCCAAUAAACAUGUGAACAUGUGUCAGGGGA